CGUUGUGAUAGCGCCGCCUGUAUCACCUCUGUCCUCUCGAUCAUACCGUACCAUCCUCAGACGCCCUUUGAUACUCUUCCGCGCUUGUGUUGACUCGUUACCAAUCAUGCCUGUCACGCUAGCCCUCAGCACGAUCGACCUCGCAGCUCGAGCAGUGGGCGUCGUAGGUUCAGGAUGCAUGUUCGGCACAACCUAUGCCACUUCCUCCGUAAUCGUCCCCAUGAUCUUUGCCGAAUCCACUCUAAGCAACUCACAACGUCUCACCCUCUGGAACAAUCAAUUCGACAGCUCCGUCUCGCGCUGGCUUCCCUUUGCCCUAGCACCCAGCUUCAUCGGCUACACCAUUGCCGCAAUCCGCACUCUUACUCUAGCUCGAAAAGGUGGGAAAAGUGGAGAAUUGAAAUUACCAAGUGGAAAAGUAGCAAGUACAGCACGAAGGGGAAAUAGAUAUUUUCCGGGUGAGAGUGGAAAAGUACUGGCCCUGGCGGCAGGAACGCUGUUCCUUUUUCCGAUUUAUACAAAGCUCUUUAUCCUUCGCUCGGUGGGGGAACUUAAGACCAUGCACCAGGACGCUGCUAAUGCGAAUGCAGCGGGACAGACGGAGAAGAUCACGUCGUUGAUUAGGGAGUGGGAGUUGAAGCAUAGGGGACGGAUUGCUCUUGCAGCCCUCUCUUUUGGACUGGGCGUAUGGGAUCUUGUCUCGCUGAUCGUCAAUGCAUAAAGGCCUGAUAUGGGACCAUUGCAGAUGCAGGCUGUACAAUGUACAAGUAGGAAAGCGAAGUGCCAUGUAUGAUCGUCGAUUCUCAUUGUGCAGAAUAAGGAAAUGAUGCCAGAAUAGGUGCGCAAAAAUUGUACAACAAUAGAUAAGAGGUGCGGCAACGACGGUCCUUCAUGCUCUCUCCUCCCCCCACCCACCUCAUUCUUCCUCACCCUCCAUCGCCUCACCCAAUUGCACUCCUCCUUUCCCCCUCUUGUGAACCCACCAUCUAUACACCCCGUACCCGACCAGCGCAGCAACCAGUACCGCCAC